AUGGAAUCUGGCAUUCAUUCACUACCACACUUGGCGAUGACGCCCGCCAUUGAGGGCAAUGAUGCUCCUCAUCCAUACACUUUACACUGGUAUGCGCUCUCAUCCACAGCUUUUACGCUCGUGUAUUCGUGUUAUGUCUUGAAUAUCGCUGGAAUCUCAUGCACCCUUCUUGCCACCUCCCGUGCGAAGCAGGUCACUCCUCGAUACCUUUCUGUGUACACUGACCCUCCACAACCUUCUCAAGUUUUCGAACGACCCCUGGCCUUCGCCUGUCGGAUCUAUGAUCUGCCUAUCAUAAUUGGACUCACAGCCAGUGUGCAUUUCGGUUUUAUUGUGAUCCUCGAGCAGAUCAUGAUUUUUAUCCUCCGAGUACUUAGAUUGGAACAAGACUUCAACCUCGAUGCCGUCUCCGGUCUGGAUAUUCGAGUAGCUCAUGGUGAUGAACACAGAGAAGAAAAGAACGUGGAGUGCCUUGUUGGUGUCUCCACACUAGAUACGCAUACCUGCAGCCUUGCGUUGAUCCAAUGA